AUGGACGAACAGAACCAAAAAAAAAGUCUAUGGUUCGGAUUGGAGGCUUGUGGCCGCUGGGCUGGCGUAGAAAUUUGAAGAAUCAAGAAAGUAGAAACUUAUAAAAUUAGACAAUAAGCUGAAACUGUAAAAUUUUACUAGUAGAAAACACAAUAAUUAAUAACUAUACGCUAAGUUGUGAAUUAGUUAUAUUAUAAUGGCGUCGGAAAACGAGGUCUGGAAAAUCGAAAAUGAUUUAUGUAGGUGCUGUCAUAAUGAAGGGAAAUUUGUUAAUUUAGUGGAGCCGAGAAUAUAUUUAAAUCAAAAGGAAGUGUAUGGUGAAAUGUUAAAGGACUGUUUUAGUAUAGACAUCAAGCCGGUGCCAGGAGUAUUAUGUGCAUCGACAUACACUAUAUGUGACAUGUGCAUCACCCAACUGCGUGAUGCAAUAUCAUUUCAGAAGCAAAUAUUACAUUGUGAGAAGAAAUUUCUUGACUUGUAUGAAAAGAAUGCCAUCAAAGCUAAAACGGAAAUAAUUGUGAAAACAGAGGUUGAUAUAGAAAUUGAGGAUGACGCAAAACAGAAUGACUCCUUGAUGAGUUUUGAUGAAGAUGAUUAUUCGCCAGAAGAGGAUAUAGAAUACGAGUUAAAAAUAGAAAAUGAAGAAUCUGAUGACGAUCAGCCGUUGGUGCCCAAGAAGCGACCGAAAGCGAACCCAAAACCUGUGCCGAAACCUGAACCAGUCUCAAGCAAGAAACCGGACAGUGGCGGCGCUAAAAAGAAAAAAGAAGGUGGGAAUAGCAAACAUAUUGUUAUCAAAGUGGAGGACGAUACAAAAUGGUUCGCGUGUUCUGUCUGUGAUUACAAAGUGAAAACCCAGAGGACACUGGAAGAACAUAUCGAAGCUGUACACAACUAUGUGAAGUGCGAAUAUUGUGACGAAAAAGUGGAGAUGAAUCGGCGGCUGUCGCAUUACGAGGCUGUGCACGAUAAAGUGAUGGAGAUAUGCGAUCUGUGCGAGCACCUGUUCGACGGAAAAGUCCAUUUGGACGAACACCGAAAGAUUUGUGCGAUAGGCGAUAAAGACAUAAACAAGAUCGAGGACGAAAAGGGCGUUAAAUACGCUUGCAGAAUCUGUGACUUCCGAUCGAAAGUACGGAAAACAACGUUAUCUCAUAUGAGAAGCCGCCACGCCUUCACUAACUGCCAGAUCUGCAAACUCCGGCUGAGAAGAGAACAACUCCACUUACACAACAUGACGGUUCACAGCAUCCCUAUACCGAGGUGCAAUGUUUGCGGUCAAGUAUUUAAUAGCGAAAAUAAACUGAGCAAACACCAGGAAAAUGUUUGUCAUAAUGCUGAAAUCGUAAAAAAGUAUUCGGUUUUGGAAGAAAAGGGCAAAAAGAAAUAUGCGUGCAAUAUGUGUCCACUGAAACUUGACACUUGCCUAUCAAUAAUACGUCACGUCUCCAGGGUCCACAGCGAAUUCGUGAGCUGUGCGCUCUGCAAAGUCAAAAUAAUGCGGACACAUAUUGCGGCCCAUAAGGAGAAAGAGCACGGGAUGAAGUCUCCGGCCUGUGGAGUUUGCGGAAGAGUUUUCAACAGCAAAAGCAAAAUGGAAAAGCAUCAACAGGUUGCUCAUAUGGGCGAGAGCAACUAUAAAUGCCCGCACUGUCCAAAGUCUUUCCGAUGGAAGACAAACUUGACCUAUCAUUUGAAUAUACAUUUGGGUAUCAAGAAUUAUGCGUGCGAUCGAUGUGACGCAAAGUUUGUGCAACCGAAUAGCUUGAAUUAUCACAUGAAAAAGCAUCAUCCUUCUUAAGACGCUUUUUUAAGCUUUUCUUUAACUCCGUAGGUAGUUUUUAGGUUAAAUUGAAUUAGAAGCAGUUUCUUUAAAGCUAUUUCACUGAAUCCUUUUGUACUGCUGAUAUUAUGUGUUGUAAUGUUUUCAAAAUGGCUGCUAUCAUAAAAUGGCGACUGGUUUAUAUUUUUUAAGCAGUUAGUGAAGUGUAUGUAGAACCUCUUAUUGUUGGAUAAAAGUUAUACUAAUUUUUAUACGAGUUGUCGUAUCACCGCUCUUCGACAACACUUCCCUUAAAGCCUCGCCUAGUAUCGGAAUACUGGGUCUCGAAAUCUCGAGCGAUUCCCAAUGUCGUGGCCAUCUGGAAGGCAAAGCCAAAUUGGCUUCGAAGACACUGAGCGUCAUUAAUAGAGAACGGCAAUACUUCAAGCGCUCUACAAAGCGUCAUCAUCUCUGGUCUGGUGCACCCCAGUAUCAGCUCGAUCCAUUUGACCGCGUGCAACGUACAGCAGCUCGAAUUGUCGGGGACCCAGUGCUCUGUGAAAGGCUGGAUCACUUGGCGUUGCGUAGAGAUGUCGCUUCAUUGUGUGUCUUCUACCGCAUUUAUCACGGGGAGUGUUCCGUAGAGCUGCUUAACCUGAUUCCUGCUGCCGAAUUGCACCUUUGCUCGACACGCCACAAGUUAGGAUAUCAUUUCCACCAUCUGGACCUUUCUUCCACGUACUAGAAAGCUGUGGAAUGAACUUCCUUGUGCGGUGUUUCCGGGAAGAUACGACAUGGGUGCCUAAACCUAAAAAAGCGCGUAAACCUUCCUUAAAGGCCGGCAACGCUCCUGUGAUUUCUCUGGUGUUGCAAGAGAUUUUGGGCGGUGGUGAUCACUUAACAACAGGUGACCCGUACGCUCGUUAGUCCUCCUAUUCCAUAAAAAAAGAGUUACAAAACCCAGGUUUUUAACCAGUGUAUUGCCAGUAAUGACAAACAGAACGCAGAUGUCCUCGCUAACUAUGGGCCUUAAGGAGGAAGCUCAUGGUCGCUCGGAGGGCAAUGGAGAGAGGGCUUUGCUCGGGAGUCGGCCUGCCAGAUCGAGAUCCUUAGGAGAACCAAAGUCACUGACAUAGCCCAUAUGGUUGCGAAACUGAAGUGGCAGUGGGCAGGGCACAUAGCUCGCACAGAUGGCCGUUGGGGCAGUAAUGUCCUCGAAUAGCGACCACGUACCGGAAGACGUAGUAUUGGUAGGCCCCCACAAGAUCGACCGACGAUCUGGUCAAGAUCGCCGGAAUAGGUUGGAUGAGGGCAGCGCAGGACCGAUCGUCAUGGCGAUCUUUGGGGGAGGCCUUUGUCCAGCAGUGGACGUUUGGCUGAAAGCUUGAUGAUGAUAUUUGAAUAUAAAAUAAUGACACAGCAUAAACUCUAAACGAUUACAACUUUUUAAAUAUAAUUUCCAUUUUUUUUUUACCAAAAUUUAUGGACGAUGCGGAGUCUCUAACCCAACGUGUUUACCUCUAAGCUAACCUGAAGUCUGAAGCAUUGCAUUGUAUAUCUUGGCAUAUUUCUUGUAAAAUCACUUACGUUUCAACGAGCGAAAUAUUAACUCCUAAGUCCUAUUCCUAAUUUUCUAAAUGUUAUGAGUUACCUUCUGUGUUUAUUCCGCUAAGAUUUAUCUUCAGCCAAAUCUCGUCAUAGAGUCCGUCGGGUUGGCGUCUCCUAAGGAUGCCUCGUGUAGAGGCAAACCACAUGUCGAAUUGGUAGAAGAUAAAUUUUAGAGGAAUGAACGCUUAAGAUAACUUACUAUUUCAAUAAUUUGGCUGUAAAGCAAAUCCUGUAGAUAGAUCCACGACGGAUGAGCUGGACAUACAAACCAGGAGUUAUGAAAGACGCGUCAAAAAGACGGUUGAUAUCUUAGAAGUAGUUGUUAUCUUAGGGCUAGAGCGCUAGAGGCAUCCAGUCUCGGUUAGAAACCCGCACCGUCGUUUAAUUAAGUAAAGAUAUAAUUUUGGAUUUAGUAAGUCCUAUAAAAUAUGUUUUAAAAUGAUGUAAAUGUUAAUGUAUCAAAUCAUUUUAGUAAAGAGUAUAUUUUAAAGAAAAUUAUUAUUGAUCUAAAAAUUAUUACCUUAUAUAAUAUGAUUAAUUAAGAUUAAAAGAAAUAGGAUUAUCUUAACCUCAUUUUAUAGGUGUUUUCAUCUCUAAUAAUAUUUAAAUUUCUUUAUAAUUGUGAGAUAUAUAUUUUAGUAAGGUUUAUGUUUUACUUGUAAGGUUUAACCUUUCCACAUAUUGGAUCAGCGACGCUUUUUGAACUGUUGUUGUUCUAAUAUACAGUACCUACGAUCGAGAUUAGUAUUUUGUUUGAUAAAUAAUAUUUAGAUGUUUUCUUGAGUGUUAAUUCCGCCAAUAUUCGUCUUCAAACAAUUCGCAUGUAACACGUGUUUCGCCUCUACACGAGGCAUCCUUAGGAGAUGUUGACUCGCCAAACUCUGGCACGAGACGGUUAGAAAUAAUAAAACACAAAUAUAAUAUGUUUACAUUGUUGAUUGAACAAAAAAAAUUUGGUUUCUUCACCAUUAUUACGUAUCUCUUUCGGAGGUAAUACGUCACAACAGCCGAUCAAUCACAGAGCGCCAACUCAUGCGACGAAGGCAUAAAAGAGCAGUCUCGUGCCAGAGUUUGGCAAGUAAACAUCUCUUGAAGAUGCCUCGUGUAGAGGCGAAACACGUGUCGAAUUGUUUGAAGACGAAUAUUGGCGGUAUUAACACUCAAGAAAACUCAAAACAUUUGGAUAAUUAUGGAUUUCCGUAAAAUAACUCCUACUUCAAUAAAUUUUCAAUAAUAUUUAGAUACGAAAUUCAUACUGAUGAAAUAUGAAUAAUAUUUUUUUGCAUAAUUAAAUAAAAAACUCGAGUGCAAUUAGUUUAACAUUUUAUUAGAAAUAAGUUUUAACUGUAAAUACAUAUUUUUGUCAUCACAAUUUUAAUUAUGAAAUCGGAUUUUAUCCUGAUACAGCAAGUAUCCAUACUGUCUGUCUGACUGAAGAGAUGGACCUUUAACGUAGUUGGUCGCGUAACUUUAAAAAUAUUACAUAAUAUAACAUGCUGUAUUAGACCGAUGUCGUAAUAGUCGGAUGAAACCCAUUGGAAACUUGGAAAUGAGAGACGAUAACGAAAAGAAUAUAACAAAAUGAAAGGAAAAAUAAAUUACGGGCGAUCUGAGGUCGGGAAGUGGACGGGGAGGGGGAGGUGUUUUAAGGGUAAAAACGGUUUAUCUCGAUUUCCGGCAAAACUGCAAGGUCUAUGGAAUAAGUCAAAUGGCAAAGUUGUAGGUAAUAAAAAGAUCUACAGCUUUUGUCAUUUUAACAUAAAUUUUGAGGGUAUGUCAAAAAAUUGUUUUUUACCUUAAAGCACCCCCCUUUUCCACUUCCCGACCUCAGAUCGCCCAUAAUUUAUUUUUCUUUUAAUUUUUGUUAUAUUCUCUUCCGUUUCUAAUGGGUUUCAUCCUACUAUUUUUUUUUCAUAUUAUCAUUUUCAAAGGCACUGGUCCAUAUAUGCAGAAGGCGUUGGUCAUUUAAACGCACUUAAAAUUGAAAUAUGUGUGUUUUACAGUUUCCACUAAUAAUUUAAAAUAAUUCUAUACAAUUUGGGCAGCUUUACCCCUUAGAAUUCACAAUAAAUAAUGUUUCCUCGAACUGAGCACUCUGGCUUAGGUAUAUAUUGGUCACGACCAUCUACCGUGGUGAUGCUACCAACUGUUAGUUAGUAGUUGGCACUAGAGUAGUGCCAACUAACUUACACGAAUCAAGUAAGUUAAGAUCUGAAUAUAAUAUGCUAUUAUAGUUAUUUCUAAUUAUGGUGAUAAUUAUAUUAAAUAGUAUUUAAAAUAUAUUAACAGUAGUUAAAUGAAUGUUAUUAUUAAUUGGGAUAUAUUGUGACAGUUCAUGACGAUGAUAGUGCCUGUUAACAAAUCAAGCUGACAUAUAUGAAGACCGAACUGGACUUUAAGUCAACGCCAACAGAUAUUAAUGUUUGCCCUUGGGAUUUGUGGAUGUCAUGGCAGAUUUAACGGGCAAUUAGUGAUGCUGCAUGGUGCAUCCUAGUUGCCAUUUUAAUGACUCAUGAGUUAUCCUUGGUAUAUGUACUUCAUGUUCCAAUAUACCUACAUUUAUUAUAAAUAAUAUGUUAUGAUUUUUUUAAAAUUGAUAACCCUCACUUCUAGGAUUAAUACACGAAUAAAAUUUGAAAAACAAAAUUUUAUGAACGAUGCGGGAUUCGAACCUACGACCACCGGCGUUCCGUGCCGGUGCUCUAACCAACUGAGCUAACCGUUCGAGUACCGCCUCGUUAUAAAAUUCUGUUUGCUUUGUUCAACUCUCAGGCUGUGGCUUUUCGAAUCUACGCGAACGGUUAGCUCAGUUGGUUAGAGCACCGGCACGGAACGCCGGUGGUCGUAGGUUCGAAUCCCGCAUCGUUCAUAAAAUUUUGUUUUUCAAAUUUUAUUUGUACAUUUAUCAUAUUAAUAUCACUAUAAUAAUAGUGUAUCCGUGACAUUACAAUAUCACCAAAACCACGCCGUUAAAUUGUAAGAAAUGACAUCGUAUGACAAUCUACCGUUUUACUAUAAUAUCACUAGUGAAAUUGUAAUAUCACGGCUUUGACAAUAUACCUGCGACAUACAUACAAUAAUUGCUCGUUUAAAUUGGACAAAAUUACGAUUACAUCCAUCACAAAAGCAUCGAUGAUUUAAGAGACCUUGCUUAUUGCUAGAUUUUAAUGAUAGAAUUAUAAUAAUGUUAAUUUAGUAUAAUAUUAUAUAUAUUAUAUUAAUUACUAUUUUAAACUGUAAUUUUAGU